GUUUUUGUGUAAAUAAGAACUCACCAAGAUAUUUUCCUUAAUCACCAAGACAAGACUCAAAAAGUAAUAAAAUCCUAACUGUGUAAACCCCAAACUUCAUAAACCGCUUUUUUUUUCUUCUUCUUCUUUUUUAUGCAUAACCUUUACUAACCCCGUUCAAUCACCACCACCACAACCACCACCACCACCACCACCAUCUUCUUCCUCAUUCCAUGGACGUUGUAGAUUGGGAAUCUAUCCUCGAUGAUUUACCAGAGCUUGAAGUCGCCGAUUUUUUUCAAGAUGGAAUUAUUCCUCCUGAUUCCUUCGCAGACCAUCCCUCGCCAAAUUCAUCUAUGUCGCAGCUUGAGAACUUGCUCAUGACAGAUUUCGACAACGGAGAAGGAAUCGCGUCGCCGGAAUCCGACUAUGAUAAGCUUCUCGAGGAGAUUCUCGUUCAGCCGCUUCCUCAAUCGGAGGAAAGUUUGACUCCUUCUGAUAAAGACAGAGUUGAUCCGUUAACUCCCGAAGAGGUUCCUCAUGAACCCGUCUCAAAGAAGCAAAUACGGCAGAUGAGGAACAGGGAUGCUGCUGUGAAAUCAAGAGAGAGGAAGAAGAUGUAUGUGAAAAACCUUGAGAGCAAGAGUAGGUUUUUUGAAGGGGAAUGCAGAAGACUGGAGCAUUUGCUCCAGUGCUGUUAUGCUGAGAACCAUGCUUUGCGGCUAUGUUUGCAAUCGCGUGGUGCAUUUGGUGCUUCCAUGACCAUGCAGGAGUCUGCUGUGCUCUUGUUGGAAUCCCUGCUGCUGGGUUCCCUGCUAUGGUUCAUGGGCAUCAUGUGCCAACUCAGUCUACCCCUUUUACUGUGGCUAACAGUGUUACCUCCAAGAGAAAACGUGAAACACAAAGGUCUAAGAAGCGUGGCUCUAAAAAGGCCAAAUAGUAAUAUAAAGUAUUUCCUGACUCAGUCUUUUGUAAAGAGUAGAAGAUGCCAAGCUUCAAGAACGAAGAUGAAAGAUGAUAAAGAUGAUUUUAUCGUGUUCUAAAAAACUUUUGAAUCGGGGCUUUACAGAUGUUAUAUUCAUUCCUUAUUUCUUUGCACUUUCUUUAUCUCUUUUUGUCUUAUUGAACUUUUAGACUUAAAAAUAUGUAAAUCAAACAUGUUGGGAUGCUUUUGAUAUGGAAUUAUCAGCUGCUGUAUUAUGUUCUUUGAACUUACCACAGGACCAUAUAUGUUUGUUCUACCUAUUUGAAACAUGGAAGCUGUUUUUUAUGUAGCA